CAAAAAUGCAUCUUUGCUUCCUACCAAACCGGAUAAUCAUCCAGAUUGCUGGCCAUCUCAGCCAACAUGAUCUCAACUCCCUGAUCAGAACAAGCCAUCACUUCUACAACCUCCUGCUCAAGUACCUCUACCGCAAGGACCUUCGAGACCCCAAUUGUCCGCGUCAGGCAAUUUUCCACCACUGUCGAAAUGGCCACAUCCGCGCCCUCCGCGGCCUCUUCAUAGCCAUCUUCACGCUGGACACAGGAACCCAGGCGCGCUGAAGUUCCUGGCUUAGGCUCUUUAUAAAGGAGCCAUUCACCCGAGUAGUAAGCCACGGUGGACAGCGAAAAAACCCCCUCCACGAAGCCGUCGAAAACGGCCACCUCGCCGUCGCCGAAUACCUCCUCUUCGAGCAAGACUUCCGCCCCGACGACAAAAACCGCGAUGUAUCAUAUGGCCAAACAGCCCUUACCAUUGCUUCAUCCCGUGGUGACUUAGAAAUGGUCAAACUUCUCUUGCGCGCUGGCGCAGACAUUUUCUAUUCCCCGCCACACGCCACAGGCACGGCGCUUGACCAAUCCGCCCGGAACGCUCAGUGGCAUGUUGCGCGCUUCCUUCUAGCCGAGAUGAGACGACGGAUUGACGAUGGAGCCCUAGACAAUCUGUACACCGAGCAGGGUUGGCCAUUGGGUUGGCCAUUUGCAAGUAGGGAGUUCCAGCGCCAGCGCCUCGAAAACUCAAUUACUGUCCGCAUCCUCGAGGGCGACUUCUCUCCGCUCGUGAGGCAGGCGCUGCGCCCGGCGGUCCGCGCCCGGGACACGCCCCUCGUUGAGGAGCUGCUCUCAGACAUUGCGCCAGAAAUCAUGGCCGGGGAGAUGGGCGCUGAACUCCUGUGCAACGCCCUCGAUGUGGGGAGUGCGGACAUGGUCCGCCUUGUGCUACGCCACGGCGCGGAUCCCAACGCAAUGAUGAGCAACCAGUUCUUUACGUGGAAUGCGCUGAUCCGAGCCGCUUCGCGCGGCAAGGUGGAGAUUGUGCAGGUCCUGGUUGAGGGGGGCGCAGAUCCGGAUAUUCGAGAUCGCGGGGGCCGCACACCGUUGUCGUUUGCGGCAGAGGGGGGGCAUGUAGAUAUGGUCAGGCUGCUACUUAGGUAUGCAGUUGAUGUAUUUUCAAGGGAUACUAUGUGUGGGUGGACCGCGCUGGAUGGGCUGUCCGUGGGGGAAUGACGGGGGUUGUAGAGAUCUUAGAGCCCCUUAUUGAAGCGGGGUUGGCUGGUACGCUCCGAGAUAGUACAAUGUGACACAUAACUG